UUGAGCUGAGUGAGGGCUACAGAAAUUUGACAGCUUCACAGGUGAGAGAAGCGGCUAAAGGCUGUCACAUUUGACAUUUCUCUUUUAUUCCCCGGAUCACCAUUCACUGUGAGUCUGGGGUUGCCACAGUCAAAAAACAACCACUCGAAGACUAAUCAUUCCGCCAGCAUGAGCAAAAAGAAAAAGGACUGGAAGACUGAAAAAGAGAGACUUCUCCAAAUGGAACGUGAGGAGAGGCGCAAGGAGGGCUAUCGUCGUCAAGACUACAUAAGUCUGGACAAGAUUCCAACCUGGAGAGAAGAAAACUAUGCUGAUAGCAAAGAAGAAGGGGGGCUUUUGACAAGCGGUGGAGGGCUGAACGAUAAAGUAUCUCUCUACAAAGGAGACAUUACCGUCCUGGAGUUGGAUGCCAUUGUCAAUGCUGCAAAUUCAAGUCUUCUGGGAGGAGGCGGUGUGGAUGGCUGCAUACACAAAGCGGCAGGUUCCUGUCUCUAUGAUGAGUGUCAAACACUAAAUGGCUGUGAAACCGGCAAAGCCAAGAUCACCUGCGGCUAUGAUCUCCCUGCAAGAUUUGUGAUUCACACAGUGGGUCCAGUGGCCAGAGGUCAUGUGGGCCCCACCGAGACCAACGACCUCACCUCUUGUUACCAGAACUCCCUCAGGCUGGUGAAGGAGUAUGGCUUGAGCAGUGUGGCCUUCCCAUGUAUAUCCACAGGAAUCUACGGCUUUCCCAAUGAGCCUGCAGCUGACAUCGCUCUGAACACAGUAAAGCGAUGGAUUGAAGAGAAUCCUAAUACGAUCACGCGAGUUAUUUUCUGUGUCUUCCUUGAAACUGACUUUACCAUCUACAAGAAGAAGAUGUCUGCUGUCUUUCAAGGCAAUGACACGGAGGAUGCAGAGGAGCAGCUGAAGGGAGAUAACACACCACCAUCUACAAAAUCAACAAGCAAGGAUGAUGACAGCAACAAAGGAAAAGGGGAAGCAGGUGAUGAAGACGAGGGUGACAACGAUGUGGAAGGAAUUGAAGACGUGGUGAUGGAGAGUCAGAACCCAGAUGAAGAUUUGGGCCACGAGGAGAUGAGUCAAGAGAGAGAUGAAGAUCAGAAUAACAGCCAAGACAAACACGAUCACACCAGCAUCGAUAAAAAUGAUGAACACACGACUUUUGAUGGCAAGGAUAAAGAUGAAGCUGAAGAAGAGCAAAAUACUACAAAAACAGAUGAUGAAGACACAGGAAAGUCCACUGUAGAGAUGGAAGAUGUCUCUGAGACCGCCGAGACUGACGCCAGCAAUGGAGAGGGCAUAAAACAUCAAGUUGAGGGCUCAGAGGAACCUCCAUCCACUCAGACUGACAGCAUCAAGUCCAAAGACGCCGCCGAGAAGAAAGAAUGACCGCCUGGGGAAGGACAAUCAACCUCAUCUGACAGCCAGCAAACAGAGCGAAGGCCAUUCACAACAGUGUCAGACACAGCCAAUGGCGGUCCGGGUGCUGUCACAUGUCCAGGACAUUCAGUCACCGUUCACAAUUCCAGUUUCAUUUAGCUCUUAUUUGUCAAUACGUCCUUUAGCCCUGAAGUGAUGUGUGUAUCAAAACCUUCCAGGACUUGAACAUAUCAACCAGAAAAGAUGAGCCAUACCUCACUGUGUCAUCACAUUGUUAUUGUGCCAGUCGAAUGUCAUCAGUUGAAGCAGGUCUCUUAGUCAGAGCCACGCCCACUAGGACUGCAUGCUGGCCCUCCAGGCAGGGUGAUGCUUCACGUCUCAUCUCUCCACAUAUGCCAUAAACAAUGCUUCAGCGUAAGCUACCUUGUUGAGCCAAACCAGCCGAUACCAUGAUGAUACCAAGGUCUCUCUCUCAGACCACUACGGAGCUUCACUAAUCACCGCUGUACUUUUUUUUUUUUUCCUUCAAAUUCAUCAAACAUCCGCUCACACUAAAAACGAUGUGAUUGUCUUCUAACAAAUGGACUAGCCCAGCCCGCUCCCUUUCCAAACACCUCCUCCACCCUACUUUCUUUUCUUCACCAUUCUCGGUGCAUGCCAGCAGAUUGCUUUGAACAAAAGUUACAAUCAUCUCGGCUUUCGCGUGUCUCCUUAUCAGAUUGUCUAAUUAUACUGAAGAAUCUGCCUUAUUUCACAUCAAACAUCCAAUCAUAAUCACAGAUUUAAGGAGAUGGUCCAAGUAUGAAUCCUAGGUUGUGUUUCCAGAUUAGAUUGUAUCAUUUAAUACAUGUAACGCUUAUUAUUUGUUGAUUUAUGAGUUUUUUAGUUUAAUGAUCUGUAUGAUUUACGACUUAACUUCAGUGGUGUCACACUGAAGAUCAAAUGGGUCACAGUCUAUGAAAUGAUGCCUUCAUACUUUGAUGUUUGCUUUGCUAAAAUAUAACUGAAAGAACUAAUAAAGAUUCAAGUGAGA